UUUCUGACUUGCUAACUGGUUGAAGGCGGCACGUGAAUAAAUACAACCAGUUAGCAAGUCGGAAAUGACAGUGUCCUAUUUCCGACUAGCAGAUGAACGCGGCAUACUCCCUGUGAUCCUUGUCAAUGAUUUAUGAUUUUAUGACUUGAUUGGGUUGAAACGUUCACUUCUCCACUUCAAGCAGUGCUCAGGACUCUGGGUAAGCCUUGGAAUCUGAAUAUUGUACCACUUAUGUAACUUUGUCUUAUCUAAUAAUGUCAUAAGAUGCUUUAGAUAGUUCAAUGUCCACUUGUCAAUACUUUGCCUAAUACAUCAGACUGUGAUACCUUUUUGGGAUUCGUAUGAGUCAAGUCAAUACUCCGCUGAUCUGCACAACAGGAAGCAGUUGUUAUUCCACUAAAGUCUUGGUAAGUCUGGGAGUUUGAAUUACAGUAAUUCUUAUCAAGUUUUUUUAGUCGUAUGUAUGGGAUAUACUGCCCCAGUAUCGGUGCAGAUCUCGCAAAUGGUGCUUUCAAGACAACGGUCGGUCGGUAAAUUGGAGCUCUAGAAUGAUGCCAAAAUACGUUCGCUAUUCACCAAUUAUGGAGUUUCGCCGAAUAACUGUCUUCAUUUACUCUCGUUAUGUCCGGUAUGUACUUCUAAAAAAGGUCUAAGUAAAUAUUUACAAGCAACCAAAACAAUGCCUCUUCGGCACCUCGGAUGUAUUUAGGUCUUAUUUUGCUGUGCGUGGCAGUAAUGUGUGAUAAACUGGAGGUGUCGACUGGGAAUUUUUUGGAAGUACAUACCUGCCGUAACGGGAGUAAAUUAUGAUAGUUGUUCAGCGAAACUCCACAUUUUGAGAAUAACGAACGUAUUUCUACUUUAUAACGCCUGCAGAGCUGUCUGACAGAGUUUGAAACCGAGCUUCCCGGGCGUUAGAGAGGAAAUGUCGACAUCUCUAAAACAGAAACUGGGGCGGGGAUACACAUGGUAUACACGUCCAGGGAAAUGCUUACAGGUUCCUCGACAAUGCAACAACAACAAUAACUAAUAAAAUAUAACAAUAAGGACAUAAAGUAAAUGGCUCAGUAGAAUAUAAUACUUUUUUUUGCAUAAGUAUAAUACAGGAAGGCACAAUUAAUCUAUUUACAUGUGUUUUUGGAAAGGUGAAUUAGGGGCAAGUGUUUAAAUUGUGCAGUAUAAUGUAACAAUGUUAUGUAACUUUAUCUAAUGUUCUAUAUUAGAAAUUGAUAACGCAUAUCCACUCUUCCUGCUCUCCCUAGCUAUAAUCUGAACUCCAAAGACAAGGCACUGCCACCAUGGCCCAGAAGCUGGUGAUCAUAGACACGGACGCAGGUAUAGAUGACGCCCAGGCCAUAAUGAUGUCCUUGGCCGCUCCAGGCCUGCAGAUCCUGGGGAUAACAUGCUGCUUUGGGAAUACUGAUGUGGACAACGUCUGUCAGAAUGUGCUGCGGGUGCUGUCUGUCUGUGAACGGACACAGGUAGGGACCCAGCUCAGACAGGCUUGUACUGUCAGACUCAAUGCUCGGCUUCCUCCUCCCCCCCCAAGUGUCUUCAUUUGCAUUUCUAUUUUCUUGACAACGUGUGGCAUCCAUUCAUACCAAACUUGGUUAUCUGUACGACCUAAAGGUAAAUCGGCAGCCUGUAUGUUUCUCAUAGAUCCCGGUGUUCCGGGGUGCUGCUGUUCCCCUGGUGGGAGCCACCAAGGCUUUCAGCCAUCACUUUGGGACGGACGGGCUGGGAGAUGUGCUGGAGGGUAGAGAUCCACAGUGGAAGGAGAAGCUCCAGAGAGAACAUGCUGUUAAUGCCAUGAUCCGACUGGUGGCUGACAACCCCAAACAGGUACUGUAGGCUACCAAUACCAAUCUGGGGGUCAGGGGUUUUUUCAUAACUAUUCAAACACAAAAGAAACACAAAGGUAAUAAUGUCAAGCAAUAAUACAGUCUUCAGUCCAAUGGGAGACAGUGGACGAACGAUGAUGGUAUUGCAAAGAUGAUCAUUGUUUAAGUCACUAAGUUUUAAUAAUGUUUAAGUCACUAAGUUAUAAUAAUGUCCUCUAGUGGAAUAUGUGUCCAUUGUAAGCCGCCAAUUCUUAUUUUUCCUUUUCUGUUGACAGGUGUCCCUGGUGGCUCUUGGGCCGCUCACCAACCUGGCUCUAGUCAUCAGACUUGACCCUUCUUUCCCUCAGAACUUGAAGGAGCUCAUCAUUAUGGGAGGCAACAUGGAGGGUAACGUCACAAUCAGUAAUAGAAAAUAAGGUCAUUUCAAUGUUCGUCCCAAAUGACACCCUAUUCUCGACAUAAGUGCACUAAGUUUGAACAGGGCCCAUAGGCUCUGGUUAAAAGUAGUGCACUUUGUAGGGAAUAGGGUGCGAUUUUGGGACGCAAACUAAUUUGACCAGUAUUUCUCCUUCAAGGUAAGGGGAAUGUAUCGUUAUGUGGAGAGUUUAACUUUGUGUUGGAUCCUGAAUCUGCCUACAUCGUCCUGGAGGAAUACCUCUGUCCUACACACAUAGCAUCAUGGGAAUAUUGCUGUAGGAAUAAACUGUCAUGGGUAAGAGUUAACAGCGUUCAACAUUCAGACGGCUUUUAUUACUUUAUCUAUACUGGACACUACUAAAUCAUUACUAAUAUAACAGUUUAGAAUAAUUUAGCAUUUACUUGAUUUCUUUAACAGUAUUAACUUUCAUCUUGCAUUUCCUGUCGCUGUACACUCCUAUAACCCCACCUAGUGUAUGAUUGACCUGUUUUUAUUACCUGAUAUCUGAACAGGAACACAAUCAUUACUAAUGAAACCGUUUUGUAUUUCAUUGAUUACUCACAGCUUGCGUUGCCUACUUGUACUUCCUAGUUGCUAAGGAAUGCUUCCUUUCCAUGUACACUACUUUAUUGAGCUGCCUACUUGGCGAGGUCUCCUGACCUCAACAGGACUUCAAUAAAGACUCAAAUAUACCCCGUUUAGUUUGAUUCACCAGUGUAUUUAGUUUUAGAUUUAUCUUGUGUGUAACUGUGUUUUCAUUGACCAGGAAUUCUUUGAAGAACUGAUUAACGAAGACACGCCUGCUGGUCGCUUCAUGAAGAAGAUCACGUCCAAGUGUUGGGGUUAUUCCAAGGAGGCCAUGCUGAAUAAGAGGGAUGUGUACUUUGGGCCUGGCUUUGUCUCCUAUGAUGCUUAUGCAGUGGCAGCGUGUAUAGACAGCUCUGUGGUGACAGAGAGUAUAGUGUGCGCUGUCAGGGUGGAACUGCAGGGGGCGCUAUGCAGGGGGAUGAUGGCUCUGGAUCCGAGUAACAGACUGAAGAAAAACCACUGUGUUUCUGUCAUGAAGACCUGUGAUCUGACCAAGUUCAGCCAGUUACUCGUGGCUUCCCUUAGACAACCCUGCAGUAAGUAGUGUAGAUGUCGGCCAUGCGUUGUGGAUCACCUGCUGGGUGUUGACAAAAGGUGGCGAUGGUGAGGGGAAAUAUAGCAGCAAUGAACGGGGUUCACAUGAUGACAGAAAGGAGACCAGAUCAGUUGGAUAACAACGCAAGCACUCUAUCAUGUAGGAAGUACAGGUUACUGCCAAAAUAAUGGCAGCAUGAAUAAAUGAGGGAUACAAAGUAUAU